AGAUGGAUGGUCUGCUAAUCUUCGCUGGUCUCUUCUCAGGCGUGAUCACGACUUUCAUCAUCGAUAGUUACAAGACGCUCAACCCCGAUUCAGGGAGUCAGACUGUUGUACUGCUCAGCCAAACGGUUGCACUCCUCGGCCAGAUCUCGCUCCAACUCGCGAACAUGAACAACGGCACUGCAAUGGUAGACGCACUGCCUCCCGCCGCUGCCUUCUCGCCCCCGGCCUCAUCUCUCGUCUGUAACGC